ACUGAAAGCGGCCUUGCGUAUGCCCCAACUAUCAGUAAAAUGCUGAAAUUUUGAACCCGGAAAUGAGAAACCGGAAGUAGUUCCUGGGGGACAAUAAUAAGGUUACACCCCCGGUACUCGGAAGCCUGUUUCAGAGCGGUUCAUUGAUAAAAGUCGGUGAAGAAGGGGGCCUGCAGCUAUGGCUUUUCCUGAACCAAAACCGCGGCCCCCGGAGCUGCCGCAGAAACGGUUGAAGACUCUGGACUGCGGUCAAGGGGCUGUGCGAGCCGUGCGAUUUAAUGUUGAUGGCAAUUACUGCCUGACGUGCGGCAGCGACAAGACCCUGAAGCUGUGGAACCCACUGCGGGGGACGCUGCUGCGGACGUACAGCGGCCACGGCUACGAGGUGCUGGACGCGGCCGGCUCUUUUGACAACAGCAAUCUCUGCUCUGGCGGCGGGGACAAGGCUGUGGUGCUUUGGGAUGUCGCAUCUGGGCAGGUCGUGCGCAAAUUCCGGGGCCACGCGGGGAAGGUGAACACGGUCCAGUUUAAUGAAGAGGCCACAGUCAUCCUAUCUGGUUCUAUCGAUUCCAGUAUCCGCUGCUGGGACUGCCGCUCCAGGAAGCCUGAGCCAGUGCAGAAGCUGGAUGAGGCCAGGGAUGGCAUAUCCAGCGUUAAGGUGUCAGACCAUGAGAUCCUGGCAGGUUCUGUGGACGGCCGCGUGAGGCGCUACGACCUGAGGAUGGGGCAGCUCUUCUCUGACUACGUGGGCAGUGAGUGUGGUCCAGGCUGGGGGACAGGCAGGGAAGGUGGGGGCAGCCAGGAGCACUCUGAUCUCACCUGCCUUGCGUCCUCUCCCACCCCAGUCCCCAUCACCUGCACCUGCUUCAGCCGGGAUGGGCAGUGCACCCUCGUGUCCAGCCUGGACUCCACCUUGCGACUGCUAGACAAAGACACUGGGGAGCUGCUGGGCGAGUACACAGGCCAUAAAAACAAGGAGUACAAGCUGGAUUGCUGCCUGAGUGAGCGGGACACACACGUGGUCAGCUGCUCGGAGGAUGGGAAGGUGUACUUCUGGGACCUGGUGGAGGGUGCCCUGGCACUGGCCCUGCCUGUGGGUUCUGGUGUGGUACAGUCACUGGCUUACCACCCCACAGAGCCCUGCCUGCUAACAGCCAUGGGGGGCAGCAUCCAUUGUUGGCGGGAAGAGACCUACGAGGCAGAGGGUGGAGCAGGCUGAAGCCACCCAACCCCAGGACCAAGAAGGACUUAGGACCAGCAGCCCAUUUAUUCCAGAGAUGGUGAUGACCAAGGGUUGCUGCAUCGAUUAAUAAAUACAGGGGCGGGCAAGCCUCCACAGGCCU